GCAGCGAGACUAGGCUGAGGGACAUGUUCAACAUGGAGGACGAAACAGGCGUUCUAACGUUGAAACGGAGCUUGUCAAGUGGUGAGGUUGGAACAUCUGUAAAUCUGACUGUCGUUGUUUGUGAUGACAAACCCUCCAACACACCUCGUUGUGACUCCGCCUCAGUCAUCAUAACCGUCAUCAGUAUAUCAAUACAAGCAAAAACUCUCAAUAACAGUUUUGCAGUGAAUGUGACAGAAAACGUGCGAGUCGGUACAUACGUCUUAAAUAUCAGUGUAGCUAACUACACAGGAUAUGUGUCACACGAUAUGGUCUCUUUCGGCCUGUUUUCACUCAACAAAUCUACGGGUGUCAUUACCACACAAAAGGAACUAGACUGGGAAACCAUUCCAAAGAGCCACAGAAGACGUCAAUAUUCCAUUCUGGCGUAUAACGAAGGAGAGGAACAAUGUUUUUUUGAUAACUUUGGCUCUGUGCUGAUUACAGUAGAGGACGUGAAUGACAACAUUCCGAUGUUUACACAAAGUCUCUAUAGUGGACGAGUGGAUGAAAAUUCUAACAUUAGCACGGAGGUCUUCUUUGAUUUAACAAUUCUGGUAACAGAUCCAGAUUCUGGAGUUUACGGACGAAGUACGUUUUCACUCUCUGGAAUAGGGAGUGACAAGUUCUCUGUGACCACCACUGAAGAUAAAGUAGCUGUGGUAGCCGUGGCUGGCUUGCUGGAUAAAGAGACAGUAGCGAGCUAUAACCUGGUUCUCUCGGCAGUGGACGGUGUGGCUCACGACGGAAUUCAGUUUACUGCUACGACGACAUUAAGCAUCGCCAUACAUGAUGUUAACGAUAAUGCUCCGGUGUUUGAAAGUCUAUCUGACGUCACAAUAAAGGAAGAAAAGGAAGCAAUGUAUGUGAUGACUGUACACGCUAGAGAUCAAGACGCCGGUUCAAACGGACGUGUCACCUACACGAUGUCAGGAGGACGAGGUUAUUUUAGGAUUGACGAGAACAACGGGACGAUUACGACAACACAGACAAUUGACAGAGAGAAGAUUCCAGUAUUUGUGCUGAAUGUGAUUGCUUCUGAUUCUGGCACAUCCAGCCAAUCGACGGCUACUAGCGUUACUAUCCAUAUAGAGGACAUUAAUGACAACGACCCAGUUCUACUUGGGCUUCACGACGCAAAUAUUGACGAAAAUACAAACUGCUCCAUGCCAAUUGUAACAGUGUCUGCCUCAGACCCGGACCAAAAUCAGAGCGUCUCUUUGUCAACGACAAACUCAAAUUUUCAAAUUGAUACAUCUGGGCAUUUGCGCUGCAUUUCAUCUCUCGACUAUGAGAAUAAGACAUCUCACAGCGUCACAAUAAUAGCCACAGACAGCGGACAGUCGCCAAGGUCGAUUAACAAAACAAUGACUGUAUCAGUAAAAGAUCUAAACGAUAACGCCCCCCAGUUUUCAGCUAUCGAAUACACCACCAACAUCAGCACGGUAGAGCUGCGUCGAGGUAAACCAGUGAUCGUGGUCAACGCAAACGACAUGGAUUCAGGAGAAGGUGGGAAAAUCAGGUUCUAUCUCUCGGACACCUUGUUUUACGUGGAGACUGUCGGCAACGUAGGUGUGGUCAGGGUCAAGAGUGAUACGGGUCAAAUUGGUAUUUAUUCAAUUAAUAUCACAGCUGAGGAUAACGGAACCCAUCCGCUGAGAAACGUGACAACUAUUACAAUUACAGUGGCGAGAGCGAAUGAUGUGGUGAAAUUUGUAACUAAUGACUUCAGUUUUACCGUGACUGAGGGAAAGAGAAACACAAACAAGGCCAUCGGAUCAGUGAACUCUACGUACGACUCGAGUCAAAUAAGCGUGCAAUACGCUCUACCUGGAAGUUCAUUGUUCUCAAUAAACAAUACCACGGGGGAUAUAUUCUGCAAUACGUUGUUGGACAGAGAGACCAUUUCACAGCAUCUGAUUGUCGUCCGAGUGUAUUCAACUAGCAACAUAACAGACGGGGAUGUUGCAUUGAUAACAAUCGACGUGGAUGACAUUAAUGAUAAUGACCCAAAGUUUGACGUCACAGAUCGAGUUCGCGAGAUUGAAAUUCCUGAGAAUCGGCGAAAUAUGAAGGUGGUCGAUAUGAAUGCCAAUGAUGAGGAUGAAGGAGAAAAUGGAAAAAUAACUUACAAAAUAACGGAGUCACAUUUACCUUUUCAGAUAGACCAGGCAACUGGUGAGAUCACUUUGAAUAGAGAACUGGAUUACGAAAUUACCCAGACUUAUAAUAUCACAGUUGAAGCGCUGGAUGGGGGGAAUCCACCACGAUCUGCCAGUGUGUUUGUCAUUGUCCACGUUACAGACGAGAAUGACCACCCACCUGAGUUUAAGCAGAACACCUACACAGUCUCAGUGAAUGAAUCAGCAAAGAUUGGAGAAUCGGUAUUUCUCCUGACGGCGACUGACGGAGAUAGUGUUGCCAAUGCAGACUUGGACUAUGUCAUAGCACACAUCAGCCCUAACCACUCCUGUUCUUUUAACAUCAGCAAUGAGGAGUACGACUCUAAUUCAGGAAAAAACGUAACUGUUGGUAAGCUGACAGUUGCUGGACAACUCGACCGUGAGUCAACGGAGGUGUGCACUAUUGAAAUCAUCGUCUAUGACAGCCAGAACUUGGCGGUGCGACUCAACACAACAGCUACCAUGACGAUAUCUGUCCUAGACGUCAACGACAACCCACCCAUGUUUGAAGGAGGCCCGUACAAUGUGACGAUCUCGAGGGAUGUACCUCUGGGGCAUGUUAUAUUCAAUGAGUCAACCAUUAAUGCAACAGACCGCGAUGCUGGUGACAAUAGAGAUGUUAAACUAUCUCUUUCUGGAAAGGGGAGCAAAUACUUCCAAAUCAUUGCAUCAUCUGGAAAGGUAACAGUUAUAAAAGCUCUAUAUGAUGCACCUGACUUUAUCUACCUCAUUCUAACUGCCACUGAUGGGGGAGACGUGCCCCAAAGUAGCCACACUAAGGUUGCUAUUAAAAUAUCAGAUGACAACACACGUCCGUGGUUUCCGGAGAGCUACAUGUUUACUGUUAUAGAAGAAGCUAACCCAGUGACAUUCCCAAACUGGGUUCAGGCAAAAGAUCGGAAUCAUAGUGAGGAGGUAAUUUGUGACUGCCAAUACCAGUUGUCAUCUCUGCCAGAACACCAAGGUCUGUUUACAAUUAAUUCUUCGACUGGCGAGCUAACACAGACUGCAGUGAUUGAUAGAGAGGUGGUCGGGGAUUUCCUAAUUGUAAAUGUGACGGCCACUGAUAAAGGACAACCACAAAAGAGCACUAAAACAACAGUUGUGAUUAAAAUUGAAGAUAUUGACGACCAUGCUCCUCACUUUAACACCAGCCAGAAAACCCAGCAUUUCAGUGUUAGCCAGUAUGCAAGAGUUGGCAGUAGCGUCGAUACAAUAGCGUACACAGACGAGGAUGGACGAGACUAUUCGAAUGUGACCAUGGGCCUACUUCCUGGCAAUCCUCAGAAUGGAAAGAAUCUGUUUCGUGUUCAGGAUAACCAUAUAUAUGUAGCCAGUUCACUGACAAGAAACACCACUGAAGAUUAUGUUGUACAUUUCAGUGUGAUUGUAAGAAGUGUUUCUAAUACGCCGGUAUCUGGGGGUAGCAAUUUGACAGUCGUAGCAGCUAUAACGAUUACGAUUACAUUGGGCACGAAUAACACAGCGCCCAGCUUCACACAAGAUAUGUAUUCAUACGACCUUUUGUAUUUGACGAAAAAGUAUCAACUUUUGGAUCUGGGUAUUCAUGCCUCUGAUAAUGAGAGCGACGUGGUAAAGUACCUCAUAACUGACGAGAAAGCAAAGGAUGUGUUUCAAAUGGAUUCCGCGACGGGGAAGAUUAGGCUGAAGGUGGACGUUGAUGACACGAUACCUACAGUCAUCACAUUCGCAAUAUCUGCAGUCGACGUCAACGAACAUCCUAGAGCGAGCUCUGCUAAGGUGGUUAUUAAAGUUACUGGUCGAGCUGCGUAUACAAGGAACCUUCAACAAUCAAAGAAGAUAUUCACAAUCCUCUUUUCCGUCAUGACCGCCUUGUUGACGAUAUUUAUCAUUCUGACGGUGUUCGCUUGUUACAAGUGGCGUGUGGCUCUUUCGCCAGCUACAGAUAGAAACGUAUCCAGCGGAUCGCCUCUGAGAUACGAGCCUGCUAUAUUUCCGGAGGAAGAAUUAACAAGCCGCGGAGGAUACCUACGCCCAGAAGGAGCAGGCUACACACCACUGGAAAGAGAGGAUUUCACUGGAUCCGACGGAAGGCAGAACCCUGCAUACAUCCCUGACAGUUCUUAUAUAAGACCCAAUGAGCCCAAGUUUUACAAACCCACGGUCGACUUCCCGUACUAGCGCACAUUCAUCCUACCACACGUCAGUCUCGAAAGUCUGAGCAGCUUAGAACAACAAACUCAUCAGGAUUCAGAGGCAGUCAAGUAACUUCAUCCUACCACACACCAGGCCCCGUGCUUAUAAACCUUAAAGUCUAGACUUUAAUCAAAUCCAGACUUUAACGUCAUGGCAACGCCAUUCAAAUAGCAUUACGUUAAAGUCUGGACUUUAUUAAAGUCUAAACUUUAAGUUUUAUAAGCACUGGCCCAGGCUGGACAGUCUGAAUAGUACAAAACUACAAACUCAUCCUGAUUCAGAUACAGUCAAGUAACUUCAUCCUACCACACAUCAGGGAGGAUAUAUCCAUGACAAGCAUGCUGUGACAGUUAUUAUAUGGAAGCAUGACAGAAAUUAGCCACAACAACAACUUAAGUUAAUUGCUCAAUAUUGUACAGAAGAACAUUUGUUUUUCUGUGGAUAUAUAGAUAUAUAUAUAUAUACAUAUAUACAGAUUAGCAGUGGGUUAGUCCGCUCAGUGUGUCAUUAACUGUCUUUUAAUUCAAAAACUGCUGAAUUCUGAUACAAAAAAGCAACAACAAAAAAGCAAUUUUUUUCAAAUUACCUAAUUAACUGCAAAUAAAUUAGUUUUAUAAUUGUCCAUCAGUACUAUACCUCAGAUUAUCUAGUUUGAUAUUUCAUUAUAUUAGUUUUAGCAUUUCUUUGUUUGGUUGUUUUUUUGUGUGUUUUCUGUUCUUUUUUGUGUGGUUUUGUAUUUCUUUUGUUACGUGUUGUUGUUUUGGAUAUUUUUUUCGGGGCUUGCUUUGUUUUUUCUUGCGGGUGCCACACCCUUCAUUUAAAAAUAUAUGUGUAAACAAAUAUUUUGUCAUGAUCGUUAUGUACGAAUAGAAUAUAAAUUAUGAUUGGUGAAAUUCAUUGUAUUAAAAACAACAAUCCUUUUCCUAUUCAAAGUAAUCUGUAGUUGCGUUAGUCUGUUGUCUUAUGGUUUCCUGAGAGACUGUUAUGAAAAAAAGCAAACGACCAACAUAAAUCAGUUUUUUACAUCUUGGCAAUGAAGAGAAUAAUUGUUGAUGCCCAUCUUUUAGUUUUGUUCAGGAACCAUGAUACCGUCAUCAAAGGUGGCGAUCAUUUUGAAAUCCGCAAUGACAUAAAAUUAACAAUAAACACUCUUUAUGUUGACCAAUCUUCACAAACAUGAUGUUAAGAUGAUCAGACUACAGAGGUUAAAUAGUCUAUACACAACUAAUGAUAAAACUACAUUAAAUGAAGAUUCCCUUUUUUUUUGGCUGUAUUGGUUGUAAACAUCAAAUAUCAAAAACUAUUUUAAAUGGUUUUCAAUUAUUCAAACGAAAUGAUCAAGCACGCAUUUGCUGACAUAGGUAAAGCACUGGUUCUACAUAACAUUAAUUCUUUGAAAUAAUAUAUAUGAGUACUGUUACAAUCUUAGUCAACAUUUACCAGUGUAUCAGCAUUAAUAUGGGGAUGUUUAGAUAAACACAAUCUUGAUCCAUAAGUAUAUUCAGAGGGUCUUAUGAAAGUCACUGACCUUAGUUUUCGAGGUAUAUUUAUUUCUUCUGUUUCGCAUAAAAUGCUCGUGUAGCCAUUAUAUCGCCAAUACUAUUGCAGUAGUAAAACUGACCGCAAUAGUCAACCCUAGGGUCUGGUGGGGCCUGCUCCUUUAAUCUCUGAAGAAAAUUCACCCCACCCUCCAAUUGAAAAGCAAAUUAAAUAUACUACCCCACCAUUUGUCAUUGUCCCACCAAUGCGAUAGCAGUAAGUUAUAUCAUUAUGUAUAUAUGUGUUGAUAUUUAGUGAAAUAAACUAUUAUGUUUAAUAA